CACCAGCAUUGAGCAAGCCUGUUGCAAGAGUGUUAAGCAAAUUACCUCCAUUUCAUGACAAAGGUCGUCUAAGGGUUGGCUCAAUGAAUACAGUUUACUGUUAUGAUACUCAGUAUAUCAGUCUAUCAGUAUCACUGCUGCUACACAUCAAACAAUUCUUGAGAGGAAUGUAAAGUAUGUCUAAAGCCACUAAGAGAAAACAUGUGACGAAGGAGGUAUUGGAGGAUUAUGUACUGCCGGAGGCUAAUCAGUCUGUUGUACAGGUGGUUGGUGGUCGAGGGAACAAUCUUCAUGAAGUCCUGACCGAAACUGGUGUGAAAUACUUGGUGAGCAUGCCCACCAAGUUUAGAAAGAAUGUAUGGAUAAAAAGAGGAGACUAUGUGUUGAUCGACCCAAUUGAAGAAGGGGACAAAGUAAAAGGAGAGAUUGUGACGAUACUUUAUAAAGAUCAGAUCAAGUACAUAAAGGCAGAGGGAUUAUGGCCAAAGGAGUUUGAAAGUGGAGAGGUUGCAGAGCCAGAUCAGAUGAUCCCAGAUGAUAUGUUACCGCCAAGUGACGAUUCUGAUUACGAUGAGGGUGACCUGGUAGUGAACGCUAACCGGAGGAAUGUUUAUUAUGAGGAGAGUAGCGAUGAAUCUGACGAGGAGGAGGCGGCCGAUAAGGGCGACGAUGGGCCAAAUAAUGGUGGUAGUGUAGAAAAGUGAAAAAGAUAAGAUCAUUAUGGACCUGAUUUCAAAACGUUGUUGUGUAUGGUUGAGUUGGAUCUUGUCUGGAUAAUGAUGGACGUAAGUGAUGGAAGAUGCACGAUUUCCUUUGGACUGAUUUCAAAUUGUCCGUCUGCCUGAUCAAAUUGAUCAAGUUCUAGUGUGGUGCUUUCUUACUUACCGUAGUUUGUGUUGCAGACUGCAAUAGGAUGCUGUCAGCAGGGAUACAUGUAACAAUGUUCAUUGAGAAAAUAAUGGUGAAGGCAUAGAAAAGUGACAAAUGGUGGAGGUUAUUGGUAAUUUACUCGGCAUCAUCCGUCUGCUGAGUCAGGUGAUGAUAGACAAAUCAAUGGCAGUUGAACAGUCGGCAGAAUUGAAGGAUUGUGGAAACUUGUUCAUUGACACUUCUAUCAUAUCAAGGGGGUUACAUGUACUUAAAUUGAUCUUGAGCAGUUGUUGGGGCUACAGAGUCCAAUUGUAAAUUCAUGAGGGUGAUGUUAAAAACAGGCUAUUGGUUGAAGGAAACUUCUGUCAUGAUUUUACCCUUAAUGAAUAACUGGACAUUCCAAAAAUAAAACUGCUGUGUUCUGUUCAAUGUGCUUAUGAAGAAGAACUAUAAAAAUUCAUAAAUAUCAA